GGAAAAGGGGGAUCCCCUGAUUUUGUACCCCCGAUAUUUCAGCUAGUUCGCCGUCGAAAGUGAACUCUUGAUUCCAGUUCUGAGCGGACCGGCUGAGCAUUCGCAUCGUUCCUUGGACAUAAACCUUUUUUUAAACAUCAACAUCGAGACAAACGAUAAAGAGAAACGAGAAAAAGCAAGGAAGAAAAAAACGAAAGAUUGCAAAUUCUAGUUAGUUCAUGUAGAUCAUACAUAAUAAUCGAUGAUCAUAAGAUUGUUAGAGCCACCAGGAUCAAGAGAACCUAUCAGUUCUUGAUGGUCGAAUACUAUUUUGCCGAGGUUCCAUUUAAUCAAAGUGUUAUACUCUUUUGCUUCGAAAACUCGAUUGAAUUAUGAAUUGCAUUUCGUUUAAUCUGAUUGAGUUGUUGCGUGAAGAAUCAAGAGUGAAUGCAGUGUAGUGCAUAUAAUAUUCUCGAUUCCUGAGAUUUUACUCACAUCCGAAUUUCCCGCGCGGCUGUUUCUUCAUUUCCGUUUUUUUCACGAAGUGUCCGAAAUUUAAAAGGAAGAAGUACAGUGAUCACGGAAACGCAAUUUUUAAACGGCUGACACAGUGUCGUGAGAUUGAUAAUAUAUCAUACUUAGAAUCACUGUUAUGUCUUCGCGGUAGUUCCGCGACCAAUACAGGAACACGCGAGAGAAAUAAUCAAAAGCGAGAGAACUUCUUCACGGUGAACGAAUAAAAUCAUUUAAAAUGACGGAAGCAUCGACAGAACCGGAACUCGCAGAUCCUGAAAAUCCUGACAAAACUACAUUGAAUCUAACAUCUACUUCUAAUAAAAUGAAACCAUUGCCAGAACGUGGUACAUGGAGCACCAAACUAGAUUUUAUUUUGAGCGUGGUAGGCCUGGCAAUUGGUCUUGGAAAUGUCUGGCGAUUUCCAUAUCUCUGUUAUAAAAAUGGUGGCGGUGCAUUUCUAAUUCCGUAUUUUUUGACAUUAGUUCUUGCUGGAAUUCCAAUGUUUUUCAUGGAAUUAGCUCUUGGUCAAAUGCUCACCGUUGGCGGUUUAGGUGUCUUCAAAAUAGCACCUCUUUUUAAGGGUAUCGGAUAUGCUGCCGCUGUUAUGUCCUGUUGGAUGAAUGUUUAUUACAUCGUUAUCCUCGCUUGGGCUAUUUUCUAUUUCUUUAUGUCCAUGCGUAGUGAAUUACCGUGGGGAAGUUGUAAUAAUUAUUGGAACACGAAAAAUUGCGUGAAUCCCUAUGAUAGAGAUUCAUUAUCAUGUUGGCUUCAAAUGACUAAGCAUCAUAAUUUUAUUAAAGUAUGUUCUGUUAACGACGUUAAUAUGACUAUCACAGAACUUACUGAUCCGGUCAAAGAAUUUUGGGAACGUCGAGCACUCCAAAUUAGUGAAGGUGUAGAAUAUGUAGGAAAUAUUCGUUGGGAAUUAGCCGGUACACUUCUUUUGGUUUGGAUUCUUUGCUAUUUUUGCAUUUGGAAAGGUGUCAAAUGGACUGGAAAAGUGGUGUAUUUUACUUCUUUAUUUCCUUAUGUUUUAUUAACGAUUCUUUUGAUUCGUGGAAUUACUUUACCUGGAGCUAUGGAAGGCAUUCGAUUUUAUAUUAGCCCAAAUCUUUCUAAAUUAAAAGAAUCUGAGGUAUGGAUAGAUGCUGUUACGCAAAUUUUCUUUUCAUACGGUUUAGGUUUGGGUACAUUAGUAGCUCUUGGUAGUUACAACAAAUUUACAAAUAAUGUUUAUAAAGACGCUUUAAUCGUUUGUUCGGUAAAUUCUUCAACGAGUAUGUUCGCCGGUUUUGUCAUAUUUUCCGUAGUAGGCUUUAUGGCUCAUGAACAGCAAAAGCCAGUCGCAGAAGUUGCCGCUUCUGGUCCAGGAUUGGCUUUCUUAGCUUAUCCAUCCGCAGUUCUUCAACUUCCUGGAGCUCCUCUUUGGUCUUGUCUCUUUUUCUUUAUGCUUCUUCUUAUAGGUUUAGAUUCUCAGUUUUGUACCAUGGAAGGAUUUAUUACUGCCAUGGUGGAUGAAUGGCCACAAUUGCUUCGUCGACGAAAAGAAAUCUUUAUCGCAAUCGUUUGUGUUCUUUCUUAUAUUAUUGGAUUAUCUUGCAUUUCACAAGGUGGCAUGUAUGUCUUUCAAAUUCUGGAUUCGUAUGCAGUAUCCGGAUUUUGUCUUCUCUUCCUAAUUUUUUUUGAGUGUAUCUCUAUAAGCUGGGCUUUUGGUGUUAAUCGAUUCUACGAUGCUAUAAGAGAUAUGAUAGGAUAUUAUCCUCUUAUGUGGUGGAAACUGUGUUGGACUAUUACCACUCCUAUGAUUUGUGUUGGCGUCUUUAUCUUCAAUCUCGUACAGUGGACACCUGUAAAAUAUUUAGAUUAUGAAUAUCCAUGGUGGUCGCAUGUACUCGGCUGGAUGACGGCUUUAUCUUCGAUGCUUUGUAUACCUGGUUAUAUGAUUUAUGCCUGGAUGACAACACCAGGAGAUAGAUCUACGAAAUACAAGUUAUUAGUACGAAUAGAAGACGAUGUAACAAAUCUACGAAUGAAAAUGGGUCAGCCAUCGGUCGAACUGACGCCACUUUAACUGCCAGGAAUUUAUUUAAAUCCUAAAAUGGAUUUAUGGUUUUAAUUACUACUUUCUAAUUAUCAUUAAUUUAACGAAUUAAUGAUUUAAUAACAUUGUUAUUACUUUGGUAAUAAUUUUAUUGUAAAAUUACUUUCUUCGUUUAUUCGAAAAAACAAAAAAUAUUUUUGUGUUCCUGUAUAUGAAAAAAUUUGUAUUAUUUAAACGAAUGUUUUAAUGACCCAGAUAAUAAUGAUUUCUCUUAGAAAAAGAAGUUCUCAUUAAUUACAAAGUAACUAAAGUGUUCAAAAAUCAUGUUUAGUUUUAAAUUAAAUAGAAUAAUUUACCUAUUACUAUACUGAUACACGAAAUUUUUUAUACACGAAUUGUUCACAAGAAAAUUGCAUUUAGAAAAUAAUCGAUAUUUUAUUUUUCAAGAUAAUUCUAAAAGUAAAUAUUUCAAGUACUUCAUAAAUAUUAAAAGUUUUGAAACUAUUCGUGUAAGUCUUGUUACAAAUUUAGUUGCUAACUUAUUUUAGCAAUAUCGGACAUGUACCAUAAAUAAAAAAUAUUGCACAUUUUGAA